AUGCACGCUCACAAAAUCACCACGGCUGGAGCUCUGGCACUCUUGCUGAGCUGUCAGCUGCUGGUCGCCGCUCUCCCUGUCUUGGACUACCUGUGGACUAGAAUCAACACUGAGCACUACUUUGCUUCGGUCGAGGACUGCAUUGACAACGGGAAGAACUGCCUCUGGCCAGCAAUCUCCAACCGAGUGAUCGGCUCGCACGAACAGCUCGUCCCGGCGGUGAGAGACCCUGCAGCUGUGUACCCACCUGAGACGCACGCCCUUGCUGCUGUGGCAGCUACUGCCGUAGCCGAAGCUCCCGCCACUACCUCCCCGUGUACACAACACGUCCCCCAGACCACGACCACGCCGGUUCCCGACUUGUGGCUGGAGCUCCAACGCCGCGACGUCGCCCUCGAAGACAUCCCCAACAGCGACCACGGUGCUCAGGCUUCUGGCCCGUUGGAGAUGCAGCCCUGCUUCAACGGGAUUGGGCCCCGAUGUAAACCCGGCUUCACCGUGCUGGAUCGAGGAAUAUGCAUUUGUCUGCGCAAGCCCAAGUCCACCACCAAGGCGGUGUAG